UCACCGAACGGGAAUACCGAUAUUUCGGAGCAUUUCGGCCUUUCCCUCUCGCUGCGCCGUAAGCUCUGUUUUCCUGCGAGGUGAUGCAAAGGGGAGCGUGUUGCACUGACGACGACGACGCGGGGUUAAAGGAGCGAUUACAUCUGUCGGCGUCGUGGCGAGCGGAGAUGACACACAUCCAGAAGGAGCCGUGGUUGUUUUGUAUGGCGAAAUGAGGCAGGGGGUGGAGAGUGGCCGCAGAGACGCUGGGCUCCGGCCAAACAUCACCGCAUUUUAGCACCUCGGUGCUCGGGGUUUGCAUUGCAUUGCGUUUGCUGCGUUGACGAGCGGCCGUACUGUUGCCCUCGGCGUUUCUCUCCCUGCAAAGUGCCCGGUGGUGGUGCAGCUCGUCGGAGGACACCCCCUUCCAGAUGCCCGUUGCUGCCAUGACAGGCGGCGGUCUCCUCUCGACCGCGGCUCGGUCCGCUGGAGAGCGGGCACAUUGAUCCGGGCAUCGGUGGGUCGCGGCUGCGGAUGUUCUUCUGUCGUUGGAACUUGUGAAUAUCGUCGGCACACAGCGCGGUUCUUACUCAGGGAAAAGAAGAAAGAAAACAUGUCUUCUCGCUCUGCAUUACCGUCUGGGAACGACAGGAGUAGUGGAGACCAUCAUGUGUCGCUGGGCGCCAGUCGCUCGGACAAGGCCACCAGCCAGUCCAGCCGCUCGCUGGGCGCUCGCUGUAGAAACUCCAUCGCCUCCUGCUCCGAUGAGCAGCCCCACAUCGGCAACUACCGCCUGCUCAAGACCAUCGGCAAGGGGAACUUCGCCAAGGUCAAGCUGGCCCGCCACAUCUUGACAGGCAGGGAGGUUGCAAUAAAAAUCAUUGACAAAACUCAGUUGAACCCAACCAGCCUACAAAAGCUUUUCCGGGAGGUGCGGAUAAUGAAAACCUUAAAUCACCCCAACAUAGUGCAGCUGUUCGAGGUGAUUGAGACAGAUAAGACCCUUUACCUGAUCAUGGAGUAUGCCAGUGGAGGUGAAGUGUUUGACUACCUCGUGUCUCAUGGGAGAAUGAAGGAGGUUGAAGCCAGGGCCAAAUUCCGACAGAUUGUUUCCGCUGUCCACUACUGCCACACCAAGAAUAUUGUCCACAGAGAUUUGAAGGCGGAGAACCUUCUGCUGGACGCCGAUGCCAACAUCAAAAUCGCCGACUUCGGCUUCAGUAACGAAUUCACACUGGGCAACAAGCUGGACACGUUCUGUGGUUCGCCACCAUACGCUGCACCGGAGCUUUUCCAGGGCAAGAAGUAUGACGGGCCCGAGGUGGACGUCUGGAGCCUGGGAGUCAUCCUCUACACGCUGGUCAGCGGAUCGCUGCCUUUUGACGGGCAGAACCUGAAGGAGCUGAGGGAGCGUGUGCUGAGAGGAAAGUACCGUGUGCCCUUCUAUAUGUCCACAGACUGUGAGGGGAUACUUCGCCGAUUCCUGGUGCUCAACCCGUCCAAACGCUGCACCCUGGAGCAAGUCAUGAAGGACAAGUGGAUAAAUUCCGGCUAUGAGGGGGAGGACCUGAAGCCCCACAUAGAGCCCGUUGAGGACUACAGCGACCCAGCUCGCAUAGAGGUGAUGGUCAGCAUGGGCUUCACGCCGGAGGAAAUCAAGGACUCUCUGCUCAAUCAGAAAUACAACGAGGUCACAGCUACCUAUUUACUACUGGGCCGCAAAGGCGACGAGGGCAGCGACGCACGCACAGCUAGCAGCCUGUCCCUAGCCAGGGUACGACCCAGCCCCAUUGCCAACGGGACCAACAAGCACUCCUCAGCCACCGGCUCCUCUUCCUCCUCAACCUCCUCCUCACACAGCAAGACCCAGCGCAGCGCCUCCACCUACCACAGGCAGCGGAGGCACAGCGACUUCUGCGGGCCUUCCAUGCCCGUCAUGCAUCCGAAACGGAGCCCGACCAGCACCGGCGAGCGGGAGCUGCGGGAGGGGCGCAUGCCCUCGCGUAAAGCCAGCUGUAGUGUCAUGGGGAGCCACAGCCUCCCUCCGUCCAGCCCCAUGGUCAGCAGCGCCAACAACCCCAACAAGUCUGAGAUCCCGGACCGCCGCAAGGACAUGACUGCCACCACAAAUAACAUCCCUGGAAGCGCCAUGACCCGGCGCAAUACGUACGUGUGCACAGACCGCUCAGGUGCUGACAGACACUCUCUUCUGCAGAAUGGCAAAGACAACAGCUCCCUGGGCCACCGCAUGCCUGCAGCGUCCCCCUCCACCGUCAGCAUCGCUGGCGCCGGAGCCGCCUCCUCCUCCUCCACAGACCGAUGCCGUCUGACCCGGGGCUCCACAAUUCGCAGCACCUUCCAUGGAGGCCAGCUGAGGGACCGCGGACCCCCGAUUUACUCGGCUCCGCCCACAUCACCCACCCUGUCCCAUCACGACGCCAGCCCCCUGCCCCACGCUCGCACCAGGGCCACGUCCAACCUCUUCACCAAGCUGACCUCCAAACUCACUCGCAGGGUCAACCUUGACCCGUCCAAGCGCCAGGGCUCAAACAAAUCAGUCUCGGGUUGUACUCUUCCGCAAGGAUCAAAAACAGUUAGGUCACAAAUGAAUCUGAGGGAAUCAGGAGAUUUGCGCUCACAAGGUCAGUGCAUGCGUUCCAGACUUUGUUUUGGUCGACCCUCUCUCCAUAGUUGCCAUCUACCUGGGUAUCAAAAAGCGUCCGAGCCCCGGGCCGUCGGACGUGGCUGGGAUCUGAGGGGCAACGGGAGGCGGGACCCUGCGGAGGUGGUACUGGCUCUGCGGGAGGCGGCGCUGGGAUGUGGCUGCCAGGUCCACCACGCCGGCCCCUUUCUGCUGUCCUGCACCCACGGCGUGGCAGGGGGCCGCGUGGCCUUCCAGGCCGAGGUGUGCCAUCUUUCCACGGGCAACUCCGAGACUUCUAACGGGGUGCGCUACACGCGACUAUGGGGGGCGCCGCUAGCUUUCCGGGACGUUGCCACCCAAAUCUCAAAGGACCUUGAACUAUGAGCGGGUGACUGUGUUCGUGUGCGGGUGACUGUUCUUGUGUAGUUUCGUGUGUGUCUGUGUGAGUGUGUGCAGAUGAACAGGAGGGGUGGAAACGACUGAGGGGAAACAAAGCAGAGAAGUGCAGAGAGGGGCUGGACCCGAGAAAACAACGAUUUUCCUUUUGUCUCUUUGAGUUCCCCCCGUGCGCACACACACACGCACGCACACACACACGCUCCCAUAAGGUUGCGUCAACGAAGGCUCCCUCCGCCCAGUCUCCUCACCCAGCUCAGCCGACGUCUUCAUUGAGCGACUGCACCCACUGGACCUGGAUCCCACAGAAUCUAGCAGAACCUUUUUUAUCGCUACUUUAGCCAUAAAUUAAUUUUGUUAUUUAUUGCUCUGAUCACUGUUUCUACCCACUCUCACGUUCACCACUACAAAAAAGUAGCAUCUGUUGCAUAUUAGACAUCACUGUCAAGCAAGCCUUUUUUUUAUUUAUUCUUUUGCACAUCACAUUCACUUCUAGAUUUCAUUCUCUUCACCAGUGAUUAUCAUCCUUUCUGCGUCGGGCGGCUGCAGAGGGAUGCAGCGCUUAGAUUUGUGUACAUACAGCAGUGAUGACUGCAUUGGAUUAAGGUCAGUGGGAGCAGGGCUGACGGGCUUCUGAAACACCCAACCACACGCUGACUGAGAGCUGGUGAUGCAUUGACAAACAAGGCUCCUACUUGGCUUGAUGAGCAUAGGGACAUUUCAAUUUCAAAUCCGACUAAUCUGCUGUUUAUCUUCCUAUUAGAAUGAACUAGACAUAAAUAUUAUUGCCACAUUUACCGCUCCCUGAUUGGCUGGAUCGUUCGCCUGUCAGCUCUGGUGCAAUGGCAUUAAUCCUAGUGACAGCAUUGCACUGAAGACACCGCAGCGGUGAGACAUAACCUGAGAAAGCCUCUGUAACUUGAAGCCGUGAUGUGUGAAGUCUUUGGAGGCGAGUGCAUCGGGAGGGUGCACCAUAAAUGUUGUGGCCCCAGGGAGCCGUCGGCCGCCCUGCUGGUGAACUGUUUUCAGAGCAAUCGACUCGUAUUCUGUGCCGUCCUGCUCGGGGUCUUGUCUCAGCCGCCAUCUAGAAACACCGAGCAGCAGAUCUGCUUAGAUUGCAACCACCAUUAACACACACGUCCAUUCCCCCUAUUGUUGUGGCACAAUAUACAAACGGAUGCUGUGGGGAUUGGAGGGAGUGAAGGCAGCGUUGAUGGCAUUUCCUCCUCCUGAGUUCAGUUGCCUUUAAAGCGCCCCUGCGCCUUCAUGCAGUACGUAGUUAAACUGAGGAAACUUUCUACAGUCCCACCCUGUUUUCAGUGGAUCAUGUACUGUUCUAUCACAUAGACUUCAGAGAUCAUGUUGUUUGGUUGCUGAUUUACUGUUAAUACUGUCUUUCAGCUGUGGCUGUGCUCACGGUGACCCACAAUCCCCUCAUAUCACUUUGGAUUCCUGUCACCAUAAAGUUUCCCAACCUCUUAUUCUGAACAGUGAAGCGUUCGGCUUACCUCAGCUCUUUGUUUUCUGAUCCUGCUUUUCUCAUGGGGAAAAACCACUCCACCGUCGUCCUCACCCUCACGUUGUUCGAGCCAUGUACGGCGUCAGUCCUGCUUGGUGUGUGCUGGUUCAUGGAGCCUGGCAGAAGGAGGCUGUUUUGACUUGUUCUCCUCAUCAGGGUGAGAUGCAAAAAUCCAAUGUUGACACUUGGACUCUGUCUUCGUCCUCUCCCUGGACAUCUCUCAUUGUGGUGUAUAUUAGCAUUAGGUAAUAUAGACCUCAAUGCACUUUGCUUUGACUUGAAUCAGCUCCUUCCAGUGUAAUACCUGCAUAGGUAUUAACCAGAAAUAGCCACUGGAGGGCGCAAUUGUCUUAAAUGUGAAACACUUCAAUUUGUGGAUAUUUGCACAGGUACUUUAUUUAUUUUUUAGAAUAAUAUCAUUAAAACAGGAUUUAUAUCAGUCAGUUGAUGGCUGUAUAUAAAAUAUAUGAAUAUGAAUAGUAUAUAUCUUAGAGCUCAAGGUUUAUUUAUAGCUAGACCAAGAGAGUAAAUCUAGUUUAACGCAGUUUCUGUUUGUGAUAAAGAGGAACAAAACCAACCUGCAAUUGUGCAUGAUGAGUUUCGGGGGGGAUAAAGAAUCAUAAUACACACCUGCAAUCGACAGCUUUGGAGAAAAAACAGGCACAGUCAGUUUUAUGAUUUAAACUGAUUAAAAGAAAAUGGUGCUAAAUGGAGCGGCAGAUCCCCUGACCCCCUCUCAAACGAAAACAAAGGAGCAUUUUGAUGAAAUAUAGUGACUUCUCUCCACUUUGUUUGCUACAGAAUAGGUUUGGUAUGUUCAAGACAGCUUCUGAGUUCAUCUAAGUAUGUAGAUAUGCUAUGAAAUGUGCCACAACAUACCACAGGUAAGGAAAAUAUUCCCAGCAAUGGGAAUUGGGAAUAAAUUGCAAUUUUUAUUGUAUGUUGUAAUUUAACCUAAAUUUACACUGACGCAAAUAAGUAUCUGACACACUGAAAACCCUGGAACUCAUUGAAGCCAUAGAAACAUAAUUUUACUGUUUCCUUCUAUCAAGUGCGGACUGUUCGCGAAGCAUUUCAGUAUUAAUGUUAAACAGGUUAAAAAGCUAAUAACUUGUUGUGAAACAGCUCAGUCUUAGUAUAAAAUGGUCGAGAGUUGUCGUGAGGUGGAAUCCACUGUGAGGAAAAGAAGUGUUUGGACCAGAGUGUUGUGUAAAUGCUUAUGAACCUGCUGAAAGACAAUGUCACUGGUUGGACUCUCGCGGUGGACGAUUCAGUAUUUAACAUGCACUGUGCUUCUAGAACUGGAACAGCUGAUGUUAUAUGCAAACAAGAUGGGAUGCGCACAGUUUGAUGUGUUUUGAGUAAUUUUCCACUGCUGUACUGUUUAGUUCCUCCCUGCAGAAACAAACUGAAAUUGAGUGAUUGUGGUGUAGAAGGAUAACUUGAAGCUGAACAAUAAUAAAAUUCACUGAUGUUGGCA